AUGGCUCCCUUGAGAGUCGCCUUCCUAGGGCCCCUGGGGUCCUUUUCACAUCAGGCUGCUGCAGAGUCUUUUUGCAAACUAUCCGCCAAUUUACAACCCCAAGUCUCAUUCCCAGAUGCCUUCGCCGCGCUCCAAAAGAAAGGAGUUGACUACGCUGUGAUUCCGUGCGAGAACUCAACAAAUGGCUCUGUGAUGCAGACGUUAGACCUUUUGGCAGACCGGGAUGGUUUAUAUAAAGACGUGAAAGUGUGCGGGGAAUAUUACCUGACUGUACACCAUUGCCUAAUGGUGCGCAAGGGCACAUUCCCCGGUGGUUGGGCAGACUACGACGGCUCUAUAACCAAGCUAUAUACACACUCGCAGGCAUGGGGCCAGUGCGAGACUUUCUUGACCAAAUACUUCAAGGGCGUCGAGAGACAGGAUGUCACGUCCACGUCCAAGGCAGCGGAGAUCGUCUCCAAAGAGACAACGGAACGAGGCGCUGCCAUUGCCAAUCGCUUCGCGGCAGAACAACACGGGACGGAUGUGCUCGUGGAGAACAUCGAGGACCGAGCAGACAAUACUACCCGUUUCCUGAUCUUCAGAAAUGUGCUUGAUGAGCGAACUGCGCAGUUCAAACUCGAGCAGCCGAACCCGCCUACGUUGGAAGGCGAGCUUGCCCUUGAAACCACGCACAAGACUUUGAUUUCUUUCACGAUUGAUCAUUCAUCUCCCGGUGCAUUGGCAAAUGCGCUGUUGAUAUUUAAGGCUCAUGGCUUGAAUCUUACGAGCAUUAACACAAGGCCAAGUCUGAAGAAGCCGUGGCAGUAUAUCUUUUUCGUUGAGUGUGGAAGGACACCCUCGGAUGAGAACAAAGAGGCAGUCCACAAGGCUCUCAAUGAUUUGCGUCAAGUCACUGAAACCUGUAGGGAUCUGGGGACUUGGAAAGAUCAGCUAAGUGCAAGCAACCUUGACUGA